AUGACCUCAUUAGAGGUAAAUAGUUUUAGGAGAGUGCCUCCUCAUGCGGGUUCAGUAUCCAAUGUUACGAUCGGGUCACUUUCAGUUCCUCAGUGGAACAAAGGUUCAGUAUACAAUGUUACGAUCGGGUCACUAUCAGUUCCUCAGUGGAACGAAGGUUCAGUAUCCAAUGUUACGAUCGGGUCACUAUCAGUUCCUCAGUGGAACAUAGGUUCAGUAUCCAAUGUUACGAUCGGGUCACUAUCAGUUCCUCAGUGGAACAUAGGUUCAGUAUCCAAUGUUACGAUCGGGUCACUUUCAGUUCCUCAGUGGAACGAAGGUUCAGUAUCCAAUGUUACGAUCGGGUCACUAUCAGUUCCUCAGUGGAACAAAGGUUCAGUAUACAAUGUUACGAUCGGGUCACUAUCAGUUCCUCAGUGGAACAAAGGUUCAGUAUCCAAUGUUACGAUCGGGUCACUAUUAGUUCCUCAGUGGAACAAAGGUUCAGUAUCCAGUGUUACGAUCAGGUCACUAUUAGUUCCUCAAUGGAACGAAGGUUCAGUAUCCAAUGUUACGAUUGGGUCACUAUCAGUUCCUCAGUGGAACAAAGGUUCAGUAUCCAAUGUUACGAUCGGGUCACUAUCGGUUCCUCAGUGGAACAUAGGUUCAGUAUCCAAUGUUACGAUCAGGUCACUAUCAGUUCCUCAGUGGAACGAAGGUUCAGUAUCCAAUGUUACGAUCGGGUCACUAUCAGUUCCUCAGUGGAACGAAGGUUCAGUAUCCAGUGUUACGAUCGGGUCACUAUCAGUUCCUCAGUGGAACGAAGGUUCAGUAUCCAAUGUUACGAUCGGGUCACUAUCAGUUCCUCAGUGGAACAAAGGUUCAGUAUCCAAUGUUACGAUCGGGUCACUAUCAGUUCCUCAGUGGAACGAAGGUUCAGUAUCCAAUGUUACGAUCGGGUCACUAUCAGUUCCUCAGUGGAACGAAGGUUCAGUAUCCAAUGUUACGAUCGGGUCACUAUCAGUUCCUCAGUGGAACAUAGGUUCAGUAUCCAAUGUUACGAUCGGGUCACUAUCAGUUCCUCAGUGGAACGAAGGUUCAGUAUCCAAUGUUACGAUCGGGUCACUAUCGGUUCCUCAGUGGAACAUAGGUUCAGUAUCCAAUGUUACGAUCGGGUCACUAUCAGUUCCUCAGUGGAAUAAGGUAUUGUUGAUUUGUAAGCUUUCUCAUCCUGAUGUUGAAGUUCAUUGAUUAACCUUUAACUUUUAAUUUGCUUAAAACAAUGUAAAUUAAUAGAAUUUUUAUAAAGAUCUUUUUUAAAAACAUCUUUUUUUUUUUCAAUAUAUAUGAAUAUUUCAUGUGAUUUUUGCUUUGUUGUUAUAGAAUACCCACUAAUUUAAUGAGUUAAAUGUGUUUCUUAGUAAGACCUGUUGUAGUCAAUUAACCGUACUGUCAUUUGGUAGGAUGUAUAAUGAUAUGGUGACUUUCCACCUGUAUAUGUGUAUUGUGGUGAAAAUAAGAUGUUAAAGAUCUCUUUAGGAUAAAUUACAGAUUUCAUGUUGUCAGGGCUAUACAGCCUGUAUACAUAUUAUAAUCAGGUCAAAAUCAAACAAGUAGUUUUACCCAAGAUAAAGGUCAUAGAGGUCAUAAUUUAUGUCUUCACCAUCUAAUCAUGUAUGACAUUUUAAAGCAAAAUGUUUCAAAAUGUUAUAUACCAUACUGAAGGUCAAAUGACAUCAUAUUUCAAUUUCAUAUUCAUUCACCAUUUUGCUUAAAUUUGUGAAAACAUUUCUGUUUUAAUCACGAUUGAAAAUUAUCUUGUUACAAAAUGAAAAAUCUGGAAGCAGGCACUUUGCAUUAUACUGUUAUAUGAAUGGCUGUUACAGUACUGUCUGUCAUCAAACUAUCAAGGAUUUCAUAGGACAAAUUGUCAUGAUCUUCUCUCCUUACCAGUAAUCAAAUUACAAUAAUUAUUUUUCAUGUAUAUCCUUUAUAAAUGAAUGUAAAAUUUGUUGAUUUUUUGUGUGUACAUUGUUUAUAAUAUAUACAUAUAUGUGAGUAGAUGUAAGUCUAUGAAAUGUCGCUAAAAGUAGGUCAUAAUAUUGUGUUUGUUCUAUAUCAUUUCUCACACAUAAUAUGAAACACUUGUAUGAGUUUGAAUAGUCCAUAUAUGUGAAGCAGGUGCUACCAUGUUGAGAAUCCCAACCCCACCCCCCCACCCCUCCUGCGUUAACAGUCUCUCCCAUACCAGGGUUACAUGCACCACAGUACAUUCACUACACAAACAAACACAAUACACUGUGGCAGACAUCACUCUUGUUUAGUUGUAGGAAAGGAAUCUUUCACCCAAUACAUAAUUUCUGUCUUAAUCUGGAUGUGUCUGAUAAAGGUUGUAGUUGGUAAUAAGUUAACAGAAAAUAGGAUUUUUUUUUUUUUUUUUUUUUGGAAAUUCAAUAUUGUGCUUCAAGUA